AUGGAUUUUCUCUCCAAUUUGUUUGGCCAACAAGAUAGUCAAAAAGCUCAUGAACAGGUCUUCGGUGGAAAUGGUGUUCCACCUAGUCAUCAUUCAUCUUUGACACAUGAAAUUAUAGCUGGUGCAGCUGGCUUUGAUGCUAUGAAGUCCUACGAAGACCAUGUAAGUGGCACUGGCCAACCGGUAUCACAUUCGAUUAUGAAGGAAUUGUUGGCAGGCUUUGCUGCAGCUGCAGCUGACAAAUUAUUUGAAACCAAAGGCCUCGAUUUCCUUGACCGCGAAGAGACAAAAGGGCGUGCUGUUCAACAAGCUCAUCAUCUUGCUGAGCAGCAAUACGGCCCAGAAGGCACGCUUAAUCCAUAA